AGUUGGAAUGAUGAGAUCUCUCACUCAACUUGAUUUGUCAUCUAAUGUUCUCAUUGGUCCAAUUCCCUCUUCCAUUGGAAACUUGAGCGAGUUACAACAACUUUACCUUUAUUCCAACAGUCUUUCUGGUUCCAUACCUGAGGAAUUAGGAUUGCUUAAACAUCUAUGGGUAGUUCAAUUAUCAAGUAAUAGACUCACUGGUCCAAUCCCUGAUUCCAUAGGAAAUUUGGUUGAAUUGUCUGAUCUUACACUUUAUGAAAACAACCUUUCUGGAUCAAUUCCAACCACAAUUGGAAAUUUGACCAAGCUUACCACUUUAGCUUUGUUCAUGAACGAACUAAGUGGUUCUGUUCCACUCGAAAUGAAUAAUCUUACCAAUUUCAUAAAAUUGGAACUAAGUUUCAACAAUUUUACUGGGCCAUUGCCUAAACGGAUAUGCCAUGCUGGAGCACUACAACAUUUUGUUACCGUUGAUAACCAUUUUACAGGCCCUAUCCCAGAAAGCUUGAAAAAUUGUAGUAGCCUCGUUCGAGUUAGGCUUGAUGGAAACCAACUAACAGGAAAUAUAGCUGAAGAUUUUAGCAUUCAUCCGAACUUGAUUUAUAUCGAUUUGAGUGGUAAUAAUCUAUAUGGUGAACUUUCAUCGCAGUGGGGGCAGUGUCAUAACUUGACAAGCCUAAAAAUUUCCAACAACAAGAUUUCUGGUAGUAUACCACCUGAAAUUGGCAAUGCAACAAUGCUAGGCGUCCUUGACCUCUCUUCAAAUCAUCUGGUGGGAAAGAUUCCAAAGGAUCUGGGGCGCCUGAAGUCAUUGCUCAAACUUCUUUUGAACAAUAACCAGCUUUCAGGUAACAUUCCUUCUGAUAUUGGAAUCCUAUCUGUUUUAGAACAUUGUAACUUGGCAGCAAACAAUCUCAAUGGCUUGAUCCCCAAACAACUUGGACAAUGCUCAAAAUUGUUGUUCCUGAAUCUAAGUAGAAAUAUACUCCAUGGAAGAAUUCCUUCUGAUAUAGGAAGCUUACAGUCUCUUCAAAGUCUCGAUGUUAGUCAGAAUUUGCUGGUAGGAGAGAUACCACAACAGCUUGGAGGCAUGAAAAUGUUGGAAACAUUAAAUCUCUCUCACAAUAAUCUCUCUGGUUCCAUUCCAUUCUCGUUCGGUGAUAGUGCAAGCUUGACAUCCAUUGAUAUAUCCUACAAUGAGUUAGAGGGUCCUAUUCCUAACAUCACCGCCUUCCGCAAGGCUCCAAUCGCAGCACUAAAAAAUAACAAAGGCUUGUGUGGUAAUGUUGCUGGAGUUUCACUUCUUCUUUGCCAAAGAGUGAAGAAAACAGAAGACAAGCCAAGAGAAGUGCGUAACGAUAAUCUUUUUGCAAUAUGGAGUUAUGAUGGAAAAAUGGUGUAUGAAAACAUCAUUGAAGCUACGGAGGAAUUCGAUUCCAAAUAUUGCAUUGGAGUGGGAGGUUUUGGAAGUGUUUACAAAGCUGAGUUGCAAGCAAGCCAAGUUGUUGCUGUGAAGAAACUUCACCCACUACCUGAUGGCGAGAUAUUCAAUCAAAAAGCCUUUGUGAGCGAGAUUCGUGCCUUAACAGAAAUAAGACAUCGUAACAUUGUAAAGUUGUAUGGUUUUUGUUCGCAUCCAAAACACUCUCUUUUGGUUUAUGAGUUUUUGGAAGGAGGAAGCUUGGUGAAGUUAUUAAACAAUGAGGAGGGAGCAAAAACAUUUGAUUGGAUUAAGAGAGCCAAUGUGGUAAAAGGAGUGGCAAAUGCUUUAUCUUAUAUGCACCAUGAUUGCUCGCCUCCUAUAAUUCAUCGGGAUAUAUCAAGUAAGAAUGUUCUAUUGGAUCAAGAAUAUGAAGCUCACAUCUCUGACUUUGGCACUGCUAGGCUUUUGAAGCCUGAUUCAUCCAACUGGACGUCACUUGCAGGCACCUAUGGAUACAUGGCUCCAGAGCUUGCCUACACAAUGGAAAUUAAUGAGAAGUGUGAUGUUUUUAGCUUUGGAGUGUUGGCUUUAGAAAUAAUCAUGGGAAAGCAUCCUGGAGAUCUGAUCUCAUCGCUCUCAUCAUCAACACGUACAACCUGUGAUAUGCUAUUGAAGGAUGCGUUGGACCAACGCCUUUCACUUCCAAUAAAUCAAGUUGCAAGGGAAGUGCUCUCCAUUGCAAAGAUUGCAAUUGCUUGCUUGCACACUAUUCCCCAAUCUCGCCCAACAAUGCAACAAGUUUCCCAAGAGCUUUCAACUCAAAAACCACAUUUUCCAAAUACAUUAUUCACGAUCACAUUAGGAGAAGUAGUUGAUCUCGGAGGCUUAACUGUCUAAUAGCUUGUUUUGUUUGUGUUACCAUUGUCAUUCCCCUACUUCUUCACAUAUAAUCCCUUCUAGUAAACUAUUUAUCUUGUCUUAUUGUAUUAUGUUUUAUU